UGAACGUGGUUUUAGUAUAAGACAAGCCGACUACGCGAACUUUCACAGUUUGUUACUACCGCAUUUCGUUGUUAGUAGGUGGGUAAUAGGCUUUGUAAAAGUCGUCGUGGUGCAAUUUGUGAAUAUUUGUUUUGAGCUCUUUGGAAUUAAAUCCUAAGAACCAUGACUCUAGUCCAGCCUUCUCCCGAAAUGCAAAUUCAUAUCAGAAAAGCCCUCAACGAAGAUGUAAACACAAGACAAUCGGAUUUAGAGCACAUCAAGGAAUGGUUAUUGAAGCAACCCCAUUUACCGGACACUUGGGAUGAAGAUAGAUUAAUGACCUUCCUCAGAGGAUGCAAAUUUUCCCUGGAAAAAACCAAACAAAAACUGGACAUGUACUUCACAAUGCGGACAGCCUGUCCAGACUUUUUCUCCAAUCGGGAUAUUAACAGACCAGAAUUGCAACUCAUUGCAAAUAUUGGUCUUAUACCACCGUUGCCAGGCUUAACCAAAGACGGUAAACGUAUAAUCGUCAUGCGCGGUAAAGACCCUUCAGUCGAAACACCCCCACUAUCCGACGUUGCCAAGCUUGUCUUGAUGAUCGGAGACAUACGAUUGGCUGCUGAAGAAACUGGAGUCGCUGGUGAUGUUUACAUUUUAGAUGCCAGCGUUGCCACUAUCAGUCAUUUUUCCAAGGUUUCACCUAGUGUGGCUAAAAGGUUUUUGGUUUGUGUCCAAGAAGCUUAUCCAGUUAAACUCAAAGAAGUCCACGUGGUCAACGUUUCCCCAUUGGUAGACACCAUAGUCCAAUUUGUUAAGCCUUUCCUCAAAGAAAAAAUCAGGAACCGUAUCCAUUUGCACUCCUCUUUCGAUACUCUCCACGAAAUGGUGCCCAAAGAUAUCUUGCCAGAAGAAUACGGCGGUUCCGCUGGAAAGCUUCAGGAUUUCCAUGAUGCCUGGAUGAAAAAAGUAGCUGAUUACGGACCAUGGUUCCAGGCUCAAGAAGACAUCAAGGCUGACGAAUCUAAACGCCCAGGAAAACCCACCAAUUACGACGAUCUUUUUGGAAUCGAUGGAAGUUUUAGACAAUUGAAAAUCGAUUAAUCUCAGGAAAAAAAUGGCGAAUAUAUUAUUUGUAUUGAUAUUAGUUAGGGUGUUGAUGAAAAUUACCAAAUAUUUGUCUGUCCCUGCCCUAUGUAUUUUUAUAUCUUUCAUUUGGAUUCUAUAGGCAUAUUUUUUUUUGUAUUUCUGCUCACUUUUGUUACCAUUAAAUAAAUAUUUACUUUUAAUGCUG